AUGGAAACCCGAAGAGUUCUGCUGCUAGUAGUUCAGUGUGGAUGUAUUGUUUCUUCAAAUGCUGUGAAGGACUCCAAUAUAAAGUUUACUGAACACUGGGUUUCUAAGAUUAAGGCGUUCUUUGACAUCGUUGACAUGAAUGGAGACGGAGUGGUCACUAAAGAGGAGUUCAUUGACCUAAGAGCGCAGCGGGCUCAAAAUAUCUUGGAAUCUUGGAGAGCUAAGGCGGUAUAUGGAAUCAUUUCCCAUUCUUAUCGAACCCGGUGGUCCAACGAAAACACCAACUAUGCAACAUCCAUUACCUUUGAAGAGUUGCUCCCGACUUUUGAGAAGAAAAUUGAUGAUUGGAGUGAGGCAAUCGACCAAAGCUCUUGGAAUUGGUUUCACACAUUUGACCUCGACUGCAAUGACAAACUAACAGUAGACGAGUAUUCCAAGUUCCUUACGAUGUUCCGCAACACAGCCCCCGUUGAAGACGUAUUUAAUGCUAUCGACCAGGACGGCAACGGAAGUAUUGACGGUGAGGAAUUCUUGAACGGAAGCCAUCACAAUUGGUAUGACGAAGCACCAAAUCCUGGUGAAUUAAUAAUUGGAUCCAAAAAUUGA